GCUCUUAACAUGGGCAAUUCAUAGUCAAUCACUCUGGUGGGGCGUCCCUCAUUGCCAUGGCGACUGGAACUGUGACCCCAUCGCCGCCCCCAGAUUUGCUGUUGCAGGUGGAACAGGAGAUUGCGAAGCUGAUCCUGGCCAAUGCCCAGGUCCUGGCCAAGCGCUGCGCGGAAGCGUGCGUGCAGCAGGUUUGGGCUGCGGCGUCUUCGCAGGCUGCUGUGAGCACCUCCUUGGACCUGUUACAACCUCCCCAGGCGGCCACUGCUGCGGAACCGAGCGAGGCUGCCGAUGUGGCAGUUCGGCCUUUGGGGCCUCCCACGGCAGAGGCUGCAGCUGUCUCGGAUUCACAACCAUUCGCGGCGAAUGACGAUGAGGAUCUCUGGGGCAACUUUCUGCAGGCAGAUGCCGAUGCCUCCGUCACAUCCGUCAAGGGGAAUCUCCGCAAGGGCAAGGGCAAAGGCCCUCCAUUGCCCUCCAACAUGCAGGCCCCACGUUCUCCAGCGCCAAAGGCGGCGUCCCAGGGCCUGGUACGUCGCAACAGUGGCAUGACCGAGCUGAAAGCUCGAGUGGAAGCCGAGGGGCUCCGAAAGGAUCGCGAAGAAGCCAAGGAGAUCACUGACCUGGACCUGUCACAGCUACUGGGCGGCUUUAGUCGAUGUCCUGCCUGA